CUCUUCUACGCAGUCGCGCAGCUCCUCCGAUCGUAAUUUAUCAGAAACCCUAGUUUUUGCUAAAGAGAUUGAAUCAAUAGCAAAAGAAAAAAACGAACGAUUGGGGUAUUCUCUGGCGGUCUUCUCGAUCCACUAAGCAUUGAGAUAUCAUGGCGGACGUGAUGACAAUGGAAGACAUACGAGCUGAAGCCUCUCGCUUGAACAUCGAUUUGUCGGCAGUUGAUUGGAACUCUGUUCGGCUCCCUCCCGGUGAAGACUUUGGCAUCAAAAGUGAUGAUGAGGACCUUAAUGAGGAGGAUUCAUUGGAAUUUGAUGCUGGUUUUGGGAAUAUUAUUGUUGUGGAUAACUUGCCAGUUGUGCCUCAGGAGAAAUUUGAGAAACUGGAAGGUGUAGUUCGCAAAAUUUACAGCCAAAUUGGAGUAAUUAAGGAGAAUGGGCUUUGGAUGCCUGUUGAGGAAGACACAGGGAAAACUCGAGGUUAUUGCUUUAUUGAGUACAACACUCCUCAGGAAGCUGAGCUUGCUAAGGAGAAGACCAAUGGAUACAAGCUAGACAGAGCACACAUUUUUGCUGUCAACAUGUUUGAUGAAAUCGAGAAAUUCAUGAAAGUCCCAGAUGAGUGGGCCCCUCCUGAAAUCAAGCCGUACACACCAGGGGAGAAUCUGCAACAUUGGCUUACUGAUGAGAAAGGUAGAGAUCAGUUUGUUAUUCGUGCUGGAUCAGACACGGAGGUCCUGUGGAAUGAUGCAAGACAAGUGAAGGCUGAUCCUGUCUACAAACGCCCUUUCUGGACUGAAAGUUUUGUGCAGUGGUCUCCACUGGGGACCUACUUGGCCACGGUCCACCGGCAGGGUGCUGCUGUGUGGGGCGGUGCUUCUACAUUUAACCGCCUGAUGCGCUAUGCUCAUCCGCAGGUCAAACUCAUUGAUUUCUCUCCUGGUGAGAAAUAUUUGGUUACGUAUAGCAGCCAUGAACCAAGCAACCCCCGGGAUACUCAUAGGGUCGUGCUCAACAUAUUUGAUGUCAGAACUGGAAAAGUAAUGAGAGACUUUAAGGGAAGUGCGGAUGAAUUUGCAAUUGGAGGAACUGGAGGUUUCACCGGGGUUUCCUGGCCUGUAUUUAGAUGGGGUGGCGGUAAAGAGGACAAAUAUUUUGCUAGAAUGGGGAAAAAUGUCAUUUCUGUUUAUGAGACAGAGACCUUUAGUCUUAUUGAUAAGAAAUCCAUCAAAGUUGACAAUGUCAUGGACUUCAGUUGGUCCCCAACCGAUCCUAUUUUUGCACUUUUUGUUCCUGAACUUGGUGGUGGAAAUCAACCUGCAAGAGUGAGUCUUUUCCAAAUCCCAGGCAAAGAAGAGUUGAGGCAGAAGAAUCUCUUCAGUGUUAGUGAUUGCAAAAUGUAUUGGCAAAGUAAUGGGGAGUAUCUUGCUGUUAAGGUUGACCGAUACACAAAAACCAAGAAAAGCACGUAUACUGGCUUUGAGCUUUUCCGAAUUAAAGAGCGUGACAUACCUAUUGAGGUUUUUGAACUUGACAACAAGAAUGACAAGGUCAUUUCAUUUGCUUGGGAGCCAAAGGGUCACAGGUUUGCAGUUAUUCACGGUGAUAAUCCAAGGCCCGAUGUUAGUUUUUACUCUGUGAAGGGUGGUAAGGUAUCAAAGCUAACAACCCUCAAGCAAAAGCAGGCAAAUGCUCUCUUCUGGUCACCUGGUGGCCGUUUUAUCAUUUUAGCUGGGUUGAAGGGAUUCAACGGACAGUUGGAGUUCUAUAAUGUGGAUGAGCUUGAAACAAUGGCUACUGCUGAGCAUUUUAUGGCAACAGACAUAGAAUGGGAUCCUACUGGGAGGUAUGUUGCAACUUCAGUCACUUCAGUGCAUGAGAUGGAAAAUGGCUUCAACAUAUGGUCAUUUAAUGGCAAACUACUCUACCGUAUUUUAAAGGAUCAUUUCUUUCAGUUUUUGUGGAGGCCAAGGCCACCGUCUUUCUUGAGUCCCGAAAAAGAGGAAGAAAUUGCAAAGAACCUAAAGAAAUACAGCAAAAAGUACGACGUACAGGAUCAGGAUAUCUCGGUUCUGUUGAGCGAGCAGGAUCGUGAAAAGAGGAAGCAGUUGAAGGAGGAUUGGGAAAGGUGGGUGAACGAGUGGAAGAGAUACCACGAAGAAGAGAAGAUGGAAAGGCAAAUGCUGAGAGAUGGUGAAGCCAGUGACGUAGAAGAGGAAUACGAGGCUAAAGAAAUUGAGGUAGAAGAAUUGUUGGAUGUGUCGGAAGAAGUCAUCCAGGACGUGUGAAACAUAUCAUAUCCCGGUACCUGUUUUCAUCUGAAAAUCAGAAUUUUGUAGGUGCUUUUUUGCCCAGUUGUGUUUGUUUCCAGUUUCAUACCCGAUAAUUUUGUUAUAUAUUUUACCAGAAAAUGAUGUUUCCUUGUUACUAGUUUUAUGUUUCGUUGUUGCCAUUGGUUAUGUUGAUGCUAAAUACAUAAAUUAUGUUGUCACUUGA